GGCUCGGGGGACGGGCCGGGGCGGGGCCGGCAGGCGGACCGGGCACAGCGCGGCACGCCCACGCACUGCCGUUCCCACGCGCACGCCCUUCGAGCUGCCGGACCCCGCCGCCAGCGGAAAGAUGUCGUGGCACCCACAGUACCGCAGUUCCAAGUUCCGUCAUGUGUAUGGCAAAGCUGCCAGCAAGGAGAAGUGCUAUGACUGCGUGCCUAUCACCCGCAACGUCCACGACAACCACUUCUGUGCUGUGAAUCCACACUUCAUUGCAGUAGUGACCGAGUGUGCCGGCGGGGGGGCCUUCCUCGUCAUUCCCAUCCACCAGACAGGCAAGCUGGACCCACAUUACCCCAAAAUAUGUGGCCACAAAGGGAGUGUUCUGGACAUCAAAUGGAACCCAUUCAAUGACUUUGUAAUAGCUUCAUGUUCAGAAGAUACCACAGUUAAAAUCUGGGACAUCCCCAAGCACUUGCUAACAAGAAACAUUACCAAUCCGAAGAAGGAACUUCUUGGGCAUGUUCGAAGAGUGGGCCUCAUUGAAUGGCAUCCGACUGCUUAUAACAUCCUCUUCAGCUCUGGCUAUGACUACAAGAUAAUGGUCUGGAACCUUGACACCAAGGAGGCUGUCAUCUCGAACCCAGUGAAGAUCUUCGAUGCUCACAAAGAUGUGGUCCUCUCCAUGUCAUUCAACACAGAUGGUAGUCUUCUUGCCACAGCCUGCAGGGACAGAAAGAUACGUCUGAUAGACCCUCGUUCAGGAGCAGUCCUACAGGAAGCCAGCUACAAGUCUCACAAAGUGAAUAAAGUCUUGUUCCUUGGAAACAUGAAAAAGCUGUUCUCUACUGGAACGUCUCGGUGGAAUAAUAGGCAAAUUGCAUUAUGGGAUCAAGAUGACCUUUCUGUGCCUUUAUUGGAGGAGGAUCUUGAUGGCUCCUCGGGACUCCUGUUUCCCUUCUAUGACUCAGACACACACAUGCUUUAUGUGGUGGGAAAGGGUGAUGGGAAUAUACGGUACUAUGAGAUAAGCCCUGAGAAACCAUACCUGAACUACCUGAUGGAAUAUCGUUCUCAUUUACCACAGAAGGGAAUUGGAAUGAUGCCAAAGAGAGGCCUUGAAGUGUCAGCUUGUGAGAUUUUCCGUUUCUACAAACUGAUCCCAACUAAAAAUCUGAUUGAGCCUGUCUCCAUGAUUGUGCCUCGACGGUCGGAGUCAUACCAGGAAGACAUCUACCCCUUGACCACAGGAGCCCAGCCAGCACUGACAGCACAAGAGUGGCUGAAUGGAAUUAACAAAGGGCCUCUCUUGGUAUCCUUGAGACCAGGAUCUGGAGCUGUGAAUUCCUUACCACAGUUUCUUGAGCCAGAGCCACUCCUGACAACUACUGACAUGAGCCAGCACCAGGGUUGGGGAGGAGGGAUGCCACUGGAGAACAUGCAGAAGCCAAGUGAGAUCGAAGAUAGUUGGAAACAGCUGAAAGCGGAGGAGAAAUUGCCAAAAAAUGAGCAAAUGUGCCUCUCCAAUGGCUUUGAUGUAUUUGAGUAUCCACUGCCAAAAACUGAAAAUGAGCUUUUGCAGAUGUUUUACCGGCAACAGGAAGAAAUCCGUAGACUACGUGAGCUGGUAAACCAGAGAGAUGUCCAAAUUAAACAGCUGAAGCUGGAGCUCAGAAACCUCUGCAUGGACACAGGCCGUUAACUGAGGGUGUUGGCCUGCAGCUCUUUCCACCCCUGGCAACUGGAGGAGACUCUAGUUCCUGCAGAUAAUUCCACCUAUGGUGUUUGCUGGGGGAAAAACUGAUGCUUCAGGCAGCAUGGACUUCCUUGGCUUGUGGUGGUUGCAUUUUUCCGUAGUCAUUACCUGACAGUUUUUUCUGGACUUGCUGUGCUUUUUCAGGUUCCCCUUGCUUGCCCACUCACUCAUGUGACAAGCUCAUGCAUUAAUUCUAGUGAAAGACUUUGGAAAAUCUUGGUUUUCUGGUCGUGGAGAAGCCACCUGUUAAGAUCUAGGAACAACCUGUUUUGCUGCCUAUCCACAUGACAUGAGGAUGGGAGGCUGAAGGCAGCUGCCAGUUUCUUUUCCCACGCUAGACUGAGCAGUGCGGCUCCUGUGGCUGUUGUCCUCCUGCCCUAGGAGACCACUCUGCAGCUGAACUUCAGAGGCACCUCUAGCUCCAAAGUGAUCCUCAUGCACCUUUCUCACCUCACAGCUCAGCCCUGCAGCUGGGUGGCUAGGCAAAGCCAUGGCUGCCCUGCCCUGGUGCUGGGGAUAGUCCUGCUCCGAUCAGGGGGCUACACUGUGGGUGCCAAGGGCCAGCGCUUUCGUGAUGGGUAAAGGAGAGUUAGUGUGUGAGGUCCUACUUUAAAGUGGCAGUGGUGUGUGCUGGUUCUCACCAGUGAAGCUCAGGUGCAGCAGAGGUCUCUGGGUCCUUUGAGUCAGUGGCCUUCUUUCCCUCUUUCUGCCAAAGACCAGCCACAGACAACUGGGUGCCGUGGUCCUGUGGUGUUCAUUAGACAAGUGAGGACAACAUUUAAACCUGCACAGUGUUGGCAGUGGGGGGUUUGCCAAGAGGGAUUAAGAGGACAAAGGGCGAGUUGGACCCCCAACCCACUGCAGACCUUUCAGCAAUGCUGCUAGAAGUGUGUCAACUGCAGGGGAGGUUCAUAGAACCACGGCCAGUAAUGAACAGCCCUUCCUGGUUGCUGGAGUAUUGCUUGUCCUUGUGUGUGCAGCUGCUGCUUCUUUAGCUCCCAGGUGCCAGUACCUUGUCCCAUGCCUGCAACUACCUACAGCUGCAGGCUCCCUCUUCCAGGCUGUGUUGCUCAGUCCCCAGCACGCUGCAGGGCUGCACUGUCUCCCCAAGCCCUGCAGCCACACUUGUCUGAGCCCUUUGCACCAGCUCUCUAGAUCACCGCCUUCCUCAGCCCUUUGCUUAGGGCAAGAAGAGCUGCAGGAUUGGUUUCAGGGCUGGCAGCUGUGACCAGUUUUAUGCAGUCUGCUCGUGAUGUGAAGAGCUGGGCAAGGGAGUGCACAGACCUACUUGCCUUGUUGGUGCCUGGGGGUCUCCUCUCAUUUGUUCCCGCAAUGUGGGCAAGAGAGGACACUGUCAGUUGCCCCAGGGACUCAGCACACAGCACAGGAGGGGGAAUGCUCGUUCUUGUCCCAAAUGCAGGGCUUAUGGAUGUGUCGUAAACCCAAGCAGAGCUAGCAACUGCUUGCUGUUUAACUGUGCACCUCUGUUGUGACACAUGUAGGAAUUAAUAUUAUGCCCUGCUAGUUCCCUGAAACCUAUGAUUUCCCAAAGUCUUUAAAUAAAUAAACCUCCAUAGUCAGAAAUUCCCACAAACAGGACUCCUUAGCAAGGGGACUAAAGGCUGUGCAAUGUCUAUUCACAUGAGAUGCCGCUCUGGUUAUCCUUGAAAACAAUAGCCAGCAGGGAGUUCAUGGGCACUAAAUAUUCUUGUAUGAGAAUCACACAAAGACUUUGACAUCCCUUGUGCUGUGCUGCAAAGACUGCCCACCUUUCAAAGAUAUUUCAUUCAUUUCUAAAUAGCAACAACAGAUGUGGGUGCUAAAAAGCUAAAAAUAUUGUUUCUUUCUGCAGCAUUAACAAAGAUGGGGUAGUUGUCAAUGUUCUUCAGGAAGAGUCCUUUAGCAUCAGUCACUUAUUUAACACUACUCAUUUUGUACAAAAUAAUAUGUUAAUAACAAAGUUGUUGAGCAAAAUUCAGCUCAUUUCAGACCCUCUAGAAUGGACAUUCCAGUGCCCUGGGAACACUGCAAUAUGCAGUUACAUGCGAAAGCAUCUCACCCCAGAUAAAGAGCUUUAAUCCAAACACAUGAGUCUUACACCAGAAGUGGUCAGGCUUUCUCACCAAAGAGAAGAGUUAUGUAAGAAAUUGAGAAGCUCACACUUUUUCAGCCAUUUCAAACAGGCCUGACAGCUUCAAACUUCAAAGCCAUUUUCACAGAGUGUGGCCCCAAGGAAUGACACUCUGGUUUUGAAGCUAUCAUUAUCGGAAGAGAAGGUACUUGACAUAGCCUCAGCAGUCCAGGGGAUACAAUGUUUUCCUUGUCACCACAUGUCGUUUAUUUGCUGGAUUUUUUUUCUUUUGCUUAUUUUUCGUAGAGAAUAAAUUAUUUAAAUUAUUUCCAAGUUAAAGUAAUUUUUUUCAGGGGAUUUUAAAAUCCUCUUGAGGACUGUUUCUUUGUUAUCCUAUGACUGGCUAGCAUAGAAAAUGGUCAGCCACCAUGGCUCUUAUCCUAGGGUUGUGUUGAUUUCAGCAUUUCUGGGAAAGAAGUUGCUUUCAUUUAGGCUUUGCUGGCAACAUUUGAUAAGAUGAGACUAUUUAAUCAAAACUUCUUUUUUAGACAGUAUGCUUGUAAAAGCAUAGGCUAUGAAAUGUAUUUCAAUUUGGACCUUAAAUGCAACCAUAAAUCUUUCACACAGAGGAAAAAAGUGGAAGAAAUGGAGUUAAGUGUUAAUGAACUGUGCCUAAGUAGACUUAAGUGAUCAUUUGAACACUUUCUAAAACUCUUAGCAGCUUUGUAAAAAACUGUAAAACAUGGGGAUAAAAACCAAAUUUGUGCAAUGAAAAACAAAUGUAACUGAAUAAUAAAUAUAUUUAGAGUUUUACUUUUUGAUACA